GUGUUCUCUCGCGGUCCCGCCCUUCCUCCCAGGCCCUGACUGCUGCAGCCCCACUGCGCAGCCGCCACCUACUGCACCAGCAGCGCCGAAGCUGUCCAGAGCCAGGAUGGCCGCACUCUCCAAGGAAUAUGGCUUUGUGGUCCUCACGGGCGCCGCCAGCUUCGUCAUGGUGCUCCACCUGGCCAUGAACGUCUCCAAGGCCCGCCGGAAGUACAAAGUGGAGUACCCCACCAUGUACAGCACAGACCCUGAGAAUGGGCACCUCUUCAACUGUAUCCAGCGAGCACAUCAAAAUACGCUGGAAGUCUACCCGCCCUUCCUGUUCUUCCUGGCCGUUGGUGGCGUGUACCACCCCCGCGUAGUUUCCGGUUUGGGCCUGGCGUGGAUCGUAGGCCGAAUCCUCUAUGCUCACGGCUAUUACACAGGAGAACCCAGCAAGCGCAGUCGGGGCGCCCUGGGCUCCAUCGCCCUCCUGGGCCUAAUGGGGACAACCGUCUGCUCUGCCUUCCAGCACCUGGGCUGGGUGAAGCCUGGCCUGGGGAGUGGGUCCCGGUGUUGCCAUUAGAGUGGGCGCACCAGGCUGUGUCUCUCACCUUGUUCCCAGUUACCUUAUUUCUUUUUUCUAAGUAUAAUAAAAAUUGACCUGGCGUCAGCCUCAUACUUGA